AUGCCAGAAAUACAGGCACAGAUUGAUUCUCUGCGACUUGCAUUUUCUGCAGAUAUCAACCACCCCUUCGACCUUAAGCCCACAUUUCCCUAUGGAAGUCCAUCAGAAACUUAUCACCCAAGCCCUCCACUUGAUUCGCAUUAUAACCCCCGGUUGAAUUAUUGUGCUGGCGGUCUUCAGAACAGAGUCGGUUACACAGCCAACCCAAUGACGCCGAUAUCAGGUAGUGUUGAAGAUUCAAAGUCCAAUAAUUCUGCCAUUCAUCAGCUGGGGAUAAUUCCUUCUCAUUCGAGUUCAUGCCUUUCGAUCGACGUUCCAUUAGUUGACGAAAAUAGCUGGGAUCCUACACGCAUUAUCAACCAGUGGAAUAUGGCAUUUUCCAUUGGGCCGUCCUCUAUAAAUACAAGCUCGCCGCUGAUGGGCAUGCAUAAUAAUAGUACUCAGGGAAUACAAAAUUCUUUGGGUGGUCAAUAUCCAGUCCAAUACGGGCAACCGGCGAAGAUCCCUUCAGUUGCACCCACGCAGUCUAUAUCACAUCCCCAGUUUAGCGGGCAGCAAAUCGUAUUCACGGCGCGCGAUUGGCAGCAAAGUGUUGCGAGCGUUUUCGAUCCAACUGGUUUAAAGCGACAGUGGAACUAUGCAAUAGACCUGGAAACAGAACAUAACCCGAAGCGUCAACGUUAA